UGUUUGUUGGCCGAACCGCUCGGAAAAGUGCAAAACUGCAAAUCAGUGUGAAUCGGUCGCUGUUGGGAAAGUGCGGGAAUGUGCUAAGAUGAACAGAUUCUCUACAGAUUCUCAAUACGAAACUUUAUGCGAACUGCUGUGAAAAGUGACAAGCCAUUUAACAGUCUUUAACAGAUUCCAGAACAAGCUCAGCCCAUAAGCAACAAGUCUUAUAUGAAAUUAAUUUCGAAGUGCAAUUAAAAAUUUAAUUGCUUGUGAAAGAUUUAAUAAGCAUAGCUAAGUGCUUACCUCUUAACCUUGACUGAAUCAUUUGUGUUUAAAAUAGUCACAUAUCGCUUAAAACAUGUCGUCUUAUCCCCUGGCCGUGGGCUGCCUCGUCUUUUUGGAAUUGUGCCUGGUCAGUGCUCAGUUGGAUUUACCUCCGGUCCAAAAUCCAGCAAGUCCGCAGCCAGAAAUCUACUAUAAUGGUUAUACGCCCACUACCCCGGCACAAAUCACGGCCGAUCGAGAUCGUAGCCAACGCUAUGGACCGCCCUACACGGCGGACAGCGGUGGCGAGCCGCUGGGCAGUGCCGAUGAUGGGCUGGACGACUUUAGGUAUGGUCAGACCUAUGAUGAGCGUAUGCGUCUGGGCUACGCCUAUCCUACACCCCGCCUGAAUUUCAGUCAUGAUCGCGCUGAGUCACCCUUCAGUGGGGAUCGCGGGUAUACCAAUGGGGGGGCCGAACGCUAUGCGAAUCACAAUUACGGCACCACUGAUCGUUACGGCACGCAAGAUCGUUUUAACAAUUAUCCGCUCAAUGAUAACGAUCUCAACAACAACAACAAUAAUGGACGAAAUGCGGGUGGCCCCUAUACCACCAGCAACCCCUACAAUCCCAACGAACCGUACAGUGGAAACCCGAAUGCGGAGUUUGUGGGUAAUCGGAAUCGUUUCGAGAACCCCUUUCUGCCCAAUCAGGAUCGUUUCAAUCUGAACAAUCGCUAUCUGGAGCGUCAACGUUUUCAGCAGGAUCGUCGCUACCAGAUGGAACUGGAAAAGCUGCGCAAUCUGCUCGUGGAAACGGACCAGAAGGGCUCCUUGGAGUGCACAGCCAAUGUGGCCGCACAGUGGAACUUUGAGACAAAUGUGAACGAUUUCACACAGACGGAAGCGCUAAAUGCCCAGCAACGCUAUGUGGAAUUUCAACGCAUUACGGCCCAGCAAUCGAAACAUAUAAACAAGGAUCUCAUAUUCGACCGUCGUCUAUAUAGACAGCUGAUGCUGCAAUCUGAGGUGGGCCCAAACGCCUUGCCUUUGGAUGUAUUGGAUAGGUAUAAUCGUCUGCUGAAUGAGAUGUUAUUUCUGUAUAAUGGCGCCGGUAUUUGUGCCUAUCAGCAACCAUUUCAAUGCGAUCUGCACUAUAUACCACACCUGAAGGACAUUAUGGCGAAGAGUCGGGAUUGGGAUGAACUGCAGCACACCUGGGUGGAGUAUCAUCGCAAGGCGGGACGAGGAAUGCGCGACAGCUAUGAGCAGUUGAUCGAUGUAAUGCAGGAGGUGGCCUAUGCGAAUAAUGUCACCAAUGGCGGCGAGUAUUGGUAUCUGGCGUACGAGUCUGGAAACUUUCGGCAGGAUAUGGACAUUGUAUGGGAACAAAUACGUCCACUCUAUGAGAGUCUGCACUCGUAUGUGCGUCGCAAGUUGCGGGAUUACUAUGGACCCGAUCGCAUCAAUAAUAUAGCACCCAUACCAUCCCACAUACUGGGCAAUAUGUAUGCUCAAUCCUGGUCGAAUAUACUCGACAUUCUUAUACCCUAUCCGGGGCGGAAGCUCAUCGAUGUGACGCCGCGUAUGGUGGAGCAGGGCUAUACACCGUUGCUGAUGUUCCAGCUGGCCGAGGAGUUCUUCACCUCCAUCAAUAUGUCGGCUGUGGGUCCGGAAUUCUAUCGCAAUUCGGUCUUCGAACAGCCCUUGGACAGACGCGUGCUCUGCGAACCGUCCGCUUGGGACUUUUGUAAUCGUCACGACUUUCGUGUCAAAAUCUGCACCGACAUCAAUCAACGCAGCCUAAUUAGUGUGCAUCAUGAAAUGGCCCACAUCCAGUACUUCCUUCAGUACCGCCAUCUGCCCAAGAUCUUUCGCAAUGGCGCCAAUCCUGCAUUCCAUCAGGCGGUGGGUGAUGCUAUUGGCUUAUCGGUUUCAACGCCUCGACACUUGCAGACCCUGGGCUUACUGCAGAGAUCUCUGGACGAGUCCAGCUACGAUAUCAACUACUUGUUCACCAUGGCUAUUGAUAAGGUGGCCUUUUUGCCAUAUGCCCUGGCUUUGGACAAUUGGCGUUACGAUGUCUUUAGUGGCAAUGCCAAUAAGCGCAUGAUGAACUGUCAUUACUGGAAUAUGCGCGAAAAAUAUGCCGGCAUUAAGCCGCCUGUAUUGCGCUCUGAAAAGGAUUUCGAUCCGGGAGCCAAAUAUCACAUACCUGCUAAUAUACCCUACAUAAAAUACUUUUUUUCUACUGUGCUACAAUUCCAAAUCUAUCGCGGCAUGUGUCGCGAUUCCGGCCAAUAUGUGCCGAAUGAUCCGCGCAAGCCACUUCACAAAUGCGACAUCUAUCGGCAACCGGCGGCUGGCAAUUUGCUCAAACAACUUAUGGCCAAGGGCGCCUCGCAACCCUGGCAGGAGGUGCUGGAGGAAACGUUUAGAGAGGGUCGUCUGGAUGGCACCGCUUUGCGUGAAUAUUUUGCACCCCUGGAGGAGUGGCUGCGGCUCGAGAACUUGCGAACGAAUGAGUAUGUGGGCUGGAACUAUGAUGGCGACUAUUGCAAGCGGAGCAUCGAGACAGCUGGCCUGCAAGUGUUUGGUGGCUACUAUAACGGUGCUGGCAAGCACUUGGUGCACGCUUUAUUGCCUCUAAUAGGUUUAUGGCUGUCACUGUUAGCUUUUAAUUGAGAGUCUUAACGAUAACUAAUUACAUUAUUUAGCCCAUAAACCAUUUGUGCAUUACUUUCUUAAUUACAAAUUGUCAAUUUUC